CGACAAAGUGAUGGCAAGCCGCCAAGGCGAUCAUCGCUCGCCAUGAAGGGAAAUUAUGACGAGACCACCGUCCGACUCUACAAAGACUGUGAGGCAGCGAUAUGGCACUGCCUGUUCAAACUCUCCAUACUAUGUAUGUUUAUCCAUACUGACUUCUCAAAAGUUCCAUUGCCAACAACAAGAGCAUGCUGCGCGCUGCCGUCAACGCCCUCGCCGCGGUCCUGACUGCCGACGAUGAGCAGAAGCGCGAGAUCGAUGGUGCGGCCUUCUUUUCGUUCCUCGACACCCAGGUGGAAGAGCACGACGAGGUCGUGUCAGAUGAGCUGGUCGCCGACCUCCUCUCCGAUAACUUCCAGGCGCUUGAGAGCUGGACAAAGCUCUCGAAUGGCUGUAAGACCACCUGAUUAGUAGUGUGCAAUGAAGUUUCCCUGUGGUGGAUGGACAUGAAAUUAUCAGUACUUUCGUGAAAGGUCUACCGCCAAAGAGGGGGACCUUGGGGUCUGUGGAUAUUCAGCGCUGGUCGUAAGCUCCGGCUCUGAGUGCAUCGUUCUCUCGGCCUCGAAUCAAUGCACGAUCUUUUACGCAGUAACCCUGCGUAAGCUCCAGCCAUGAUUGUGUUGCACCUAGUCUUUGUGCCUUGCUGCAAGAACUUCUCCUGCGCUCAGGGAUAGACACUGGAAGUCACCGCUCUGAGAAAUGCGAUGGUAGGCCGCGGUCUGGCAUCGUUGUUGCCCGCUCUGUGGUGUCUUACUAUGUGAUGUCAUGCAUGAUUGUUCGAGCAAGUUUUCGAGUGGUCAGGAUAGUCUUUAUUUUCAUCUCUGUUCUGGCUUUUCUCUCCAAUAUACUUCC